GUUGUUUCUCCCUUUUUCUUCUUUCGCUUAGAUUCAUUCCUUGAAUCUCUCUCGCUCUCUACUGCUUCUGCUUUUCCUCUUCCUCUCGUUCUUCGCUCUGUUUCAACCAAAAACAGGAAGAACAAUAAAGCAAUUCCAAUCCGUUCUUUCUGAAGCUUUGAGGUCGGUUCGGUCAGUCUUCUUCCACUUCGAUUCUCCUUUUUUCGGCUUUCUUUUUGAUUCCUUCUUCCAUUUUCCCGGAAAUUUUAGCCGCUUUCUCGGUGAUUUUCCUGGAAAAUUUGUUCGUCGGAUUCUGUUUGGACUGAAGUGCUGGUUAGUGUUAGGGUUUAAUCGAUUGAAGUUAGAGCAAUACUGAUUGAUAUUGUUUUUGUUGAUUUGGUUUGAUUUGGAAAGCGGCAGUGACUUUUUUCAAUUGGUUUGGAAAGUGUAGAUUCCUCAGAGUACGUUUUCACAGAAAAAAAAGUAUUCUGAUUCCGUUCAAAUGCUUGUUGAUUUAACGCCCUUAUUGUCGAAUUCCUAUUGCGAAAUAUCCGCCAUCGUUUCGCCCUAUUUGCUGCAUUUUCUCUCUGUGUUCUUCCUGUUUCUUCUCUAUUUAACAAUUCUAAAUCUCUUCCCCCAAGUUAUGAAGAACUUGUUUGAAUCUCUUUGAAUUGUAUCCUCUAAUUGAGAGAGAGAUUCAUGAAGUGGGAAAUGGAAAUUCUGUCCCCUCCUGUUUCCUCCAUGAGUUGGAGCUCUGGUGAUGGAUUGAGCUCGAGAUGGACUGUUGCUGAGAACAAAUUGUUCGAGAAUGCCCUGGCUAUCUUCGACACCGAUACGCCUGAUCGGUGGCAGAAGGUUGCGGCGAUGAUACCUGGAAAGACGGUUGGGGAUGUGAUCCGGCAGUAUAAGGAAUUGGAAGCUGAUGUUAGUAGUAUUGAAGCUGGCUUGAUCCCAAUUCCUGGUUAUGAUACUUCUCAAUUUACAUUGGAUUGGGUUAGCAGCCAUAGCUAUGAUGGAUUCAAGCAAUCGUAUGGCCUCAUCGGGAAAAGAUCGUCGGGGCGGUCGGCCGAUCAGGAGAGGAAGAAGGGAGUUCCAUGGACGGAGGAAGAACACAAGCUAUUUUUGAUGGGGUUGAAGAAGUAUGGAAAAGGGGAUUGGAGGAACAUCUCGAGAAAUUUUGUGGUAACUAGAACGCCAACUCAAGUAGCUAGUCAUGCUCAAAAGUACUUCAUCAGGCAGCUCUCCGGCGGAAAAGAUAAACGGAGAGCGAGCAUCCACGAUAUAACCACCGUCAAUCUCAACGACACAAGAAGCCCAUCACCUGAAAACAAGAAGUCACUAUCACCGGAUCACGCAGGCGUGCUCUCACGCCACUCAAAUCCAUCCUCCACCGUGCCUCGGAAUCCCUUCAAUUGGAACCACCACCAACAACAACAACACAACGCCGGUGGAGCAGCCAUGGUUUUCAACCACUCCCAUGGGAAUGUUUUCAUGUCUCCAGGCGCUUUUGGCGUCAACUCCUACGUCGGGGUUCGUCUGCCCGAUCACAAUCUACAAAAAGGUGCUGUCAAUGAACCCUUCAUUGGACCCCAAAACAUGAUUUUUCAGAUGCAGGCUGGCCAUUGCUUUCCCCAUGGAUAGUUAAAUCGAGCUUUUUUCUUCUUUUCGAAAUGCCAACGCCAACACCGACGCCGACGCCAUUGUCCUCUAUGAUCUUUCACAUUCAUAAUAUAGUUUGUAAUCUUAAUUUCUUGUCAUAUACUUUAAUACAACUCCAUAUCUUUGAAGAGGACAGGAUUAAAUUCAUUUUCCUUCUGGUUUUCUUUUGGGUGUCCAUAAAAGGAGCUUCUCUGCAACUUGCUGAUUCUGUGUUGGAAGGACAAGGCAUUUAGAGAUGGGCAAUGUGCUUUGCUUACUCCAAUGAAAAAUGCUGUCCAAGGAAGAUUCUUGUCGAUAAUUCGACUCGACAUUCACUAUCGGGACUUCGACACGGCUCGGUUCAGCAUAAAAAACCCGUCUUCUUCUUCAGCGCUAAGCCAAACGAAACACUGAAACCGGAGAAAGUUCAGCAAAGAGCCUUUGUUUCAGACAAUACUCAUUGUAUGCUUAUAUCAGUCAUUGUCUAGUUACUAUUAAGCCUGUUGUUCUUGCUAUGCAUCUCUGAAGCAUUAUUGAUACUCAUCUGUCAGUUUCUAUGUCAAUUGUUGAGUUUUUUGAACAAUUCUUUUUGUGAAUUUCAAGCUUUGAUAUGAAUUUGGUA